GUGCGCGCCAGUGCGCGUGAGUGCGGGCGCGCGCCGCCGCCCCCCGCCGGGGUCGGAGCCGGUUGCCAUGGGAACACGCCGCGGCCCGAGUUAAUCAUUUCCUGUGGAAAGUGUGCGGGAGGGGCGCGAGCGGGCUGGCAGAGGAGGAGGCGGCGGCGUGGAGCUGCCUCCUGCCGGCGGGCCGGGCCGGGCCGAGCCCCGGGCGCUGCGGCGACGCCUGGAUCCUGCCUCCGCCAGGCCGGCUGCCCGGUGCCCCGAGGAGGCUUCUGAGCCCCAGGCCAUGGUCCCCUCUCGCAGGACGUGGAACCUGGGAGCCACGCCCUCGCUGCGGGGCCUGUGGAGAGUGGGCCGGGCCCCGGAGCCCGAGCCGGGGAUGGCUCGCCCCGCCCCAGCCCCAGCCCCAGCCAGCCCGGCCGCCCGCCCUUUCCCACACACCGGUCCGGGGAGGUUGAGAACUGGGCGUGGAAAAGAUACCCCAGUCUGCGGUGACGAGGACUCCAGUGCCCGAAGUGCAGCUCGCCCAGCCCUAGCUCAGUGCCGAGCCCUUAGCGUGGACUGGGCUGGCCCCGGAAGCCCCCACGGGCUCUACCUGACCCUGCAGGUAGAACACCUGAAGGAGAAGCUCAUUAGCCAGGCCCAGGAAGUGAGCCGACUGCGAUCUGAGCUGGGGGGCACUGACUUGGAGAAGCACCGGGACCUGCUGAUGGUGGAGAAUGAGCGACUGAGGCAGGAGAUGCGGCGCUGCGAGGCCGAGCUGCAAGAGCUGCGCACAAAGCCAGCAGGUCCCUGCCCAGGUUGUGAGCAUAGCCAGGAGAGCGCCCAGCUCCGUGACAAGCUGUCCCAGCUGCAGCUGGAGAUGGCGGAAAGCAAAGGCAUGCUGUCAGAGCUGAACCUAGAGGUGCAGCAGAAGACCGACCGGCUGGCUGAGGUGGAGCUGCGGCUCAAGGACUGCCUGGCUGAGAAGGCACAGGAGGAGGAGCGGCUCAGUCGGCGCCUGCGUGACAGCCACGAGACCAUUGCCAGCCUGAGGGCCCAGUCCCCACCUGUCAAGUAUGUCAUCAAGACAGUGGAGGUGGAGUCGUCCAAGACCAAGCAGGCCCUCAGCGAGUCCCAGGCCCGGAACCAGCACCUGCAGGAGCAGGUGGCUAUGCAGAGGCAGGUGCUGAAGGAGAUGGAACAGCAGCUGCAGAGCUCACACCAGCUGACCGCGCGGCUCCGGGCGCAGAUUGCCAUGUACGAGUCAGAGCUGGAGCGGGCCCAUGGGCAGAUGCUGGAGGAGAUGCAGUCCCUGGAAGAGGACAAGAACCGGGCCAUUGAGGAGGCCUUUGCCAGAGCCCAGGUGGAGAUGAAGGCUGUGCAUGAGAAUCUAGCAGGUGUCCGGACCAACUUGCUGACCCUGCAGCCGGCACUGCGGACCCUCACCAACGACUACAACGGGCUCAAGCGGCAGGUGCGCGGCUUCCCGCUGCUGCUGCAGGAGGCCCUCAGGAGUGUCAAGGCCGAGAUAGGCCAGGCCAUCGAGGAGGUCAACAGCAACAACCAGGAGCUGCUGCGCAAGUACCGCCGCGAGCUGCAGCUACGUAAGAAGUGCCACAAUGAGCUCGUGCGGCUGAAAGGGAACAUCCGAGUGAUUGCUCGUGUCCGGCCAGUCACCAAAGAGGAUGGGGAAGGACCUGAGGCCACCAAUGCUGUGACUUUCGAUGCUGACGAUGACUCCAUCAUCCACCUGCUGCACAAGGGCAAGCCUGUGUCCUUCGAGCUGGACAAGGUCUUCUCCCCACAGGCCUCGCAGCAUGAUGUGUUCCAGGAGGUGCAGGCCCUGGUCACCUCUUGCAUCGAUGGCUUCAAUGUCUGCAUCUUUGCGUAUGGCCAGACGGGCGCCGGCAAGACGUACACAAUGGAGGGGACCGCUGAGAACCCAGGUAUCAACCAGCGGGCCCUGCAGCUGCUCUUCUCCGAGGUGCAGGAGAAGGCGUCUGACUGGGAGUACACCAUCACCGUCAGCGCCGCGGAGAUCUACAACGAGGUCCUCAGGGACCUGCUAGGGAAAGAGCCUCAGGAAAAACUGGAGAUCCGGCUGUGCCCAGACGGCAGUGGGCAGCUGUAUGUACCAGGGCUGACUGAGUUCCAGGUGCAGAGCGUCGAUGACAUCAACAAGGUGUUUGAGUUUGGCCACACCAAUCGCACGACCGAGUUCACCAACCUGAACGAGCACAGCUCCCGCUCGCACGCGCUGCUCAUCGUGACGGUGCGAGGUGUGGACUGCAGCACAGGCCUCCGCACCACAGGGAAGCUGAACCUGGUGGACUUGGCUGGCUCGGAGCGCGUGGGCAAGUCGGGGGCCGAGGGCAGCCGCCUGCGGGAGGCGCAGCACAUCAACAAGUCGCUGUCAGCUCUGGGGGACGUCAUUGCUGCCCUGCGCUCCCGCCAGGGCCACGUGCCCUUCCGCAACUCCAAGCUCACCUACCUGCUGCAGGAUUCGCUUAGUGGUGACAGCAAGACCCUCAUGGUGGUACAGGUGUCCCCCGUGGAGAAGAACACUAGCGAGACGCUCUAUUCCCUCAAGUUUGCUGAGAGGGUGCGCUCUGUGGAGCUGGGGCCUGGGCUACGCAGGGCAGAGCUUGGGUCCUGGUCGAGCCAGGAGCAUCUAGAGUGGGAGCCGGCUUGUCAGACGCCACAGCCCUCAGCACGGGCACACUCAGCCCCCAGCUCUGGGACCAGCAGCCGCCCUGGAUCCAUCCGGAGGAAGCUGCAGCCCUUGGCCUGACGGCUGGGGCUGCAGAGUCUCUAGGGAAGUCACGGCCACUGCCUGUGUGACGGAUGUGACCCCGCUGGGCCUGAAGCUGGGCCCUGAGGCCUCACUGGCCUGUUCCUGCUGCAGCGCCAGGACCCCUAGAGGUGGAGGCGAGAGUGGAGGCUCUUCUUCUGCCCCGUCUCCCCUCAGAGAUGAGAAACAUGUUCAGAAGUAAACGGUGUCUCUCGGCUGUGCCUCUGGGCGCAAAUUGCAUGGGCGGAAAGGCGGGGGUGGCUGCUCUUCCUGGCAGGCCUGGGCCAUCAGUGAACUGGGCCCCGUGAGGAGGGCGGGAGUGUGGAGGAGGGCGGGCUGCUCACCCAGGCUGCCCCGGCUCCUCUCCUCAGCUUGCAGGGCUGGCCAGCUCCCUCCUUAGGGGGUGGGCGAGGAGCCUCUGGGCAGGCCCAAGAACCAUGGGGACUGGGGUGGGUUGGUGGCACCAAGGGCAGCCCUCCCCCCCCCCCCUUCCAGGAGGGUUCCCACAGCUGGGGGGUGUGCGGAGGCGCAUGGCCUCCCGCCAUGGGGCUGUGCCGUGUUUAUGGCUGGCAGAGGCAGCCAGCGGGUGGGGGGAUUCUGCUGCUCCCUCACCUGCCUGGCUCACUGGUCUCUUGAAUUUUCUUCCCUCUGAAAUCCUAUUUAAAAACUUUUGGAAGCUUAGCCAUUUUUACUUAUUAAAAUAAAAGCCUUUUUACACAA